GCCUAUGGUGCAAUAGAUGGACAAAGUUUAACACACUCGGGCUGCCUGUUCCUUCGCUGUAACGCUUAAGGAAGAUAUGACUGAGUACGAUGAUCGCAGCAACUGUGCGUCAAAUAUGUAUUUACCGAGUUGCACGUACUAUGUCUCGACGCCUGAUUUUUCGUCGGUCUCCUCGUUUCUACCACAGACUACGUCGUGUCAAGUUAAUUUUCCUUAUUCUUCCAACAUAGCUCAAGUCCAACCUGUUCGAGAAGUGUCUUUCAGGGACUAUGGACUGGAUCACCCGAGCAAAUGGCAUUACAGGGGCAAUUACGCUUCCUACUACUCCACGGACGAGAUAAUGCACAGAGAUCUAAUCCAGUCAUCGAACAGGGCGGAAAUGAUAUUUAAAAACGAUUCCGUGUACGGCCACCACGGCGGCACUAACUCAUCGUGUAAUUUCUUCACGAAUGUCGGCAGAAAUGGCGUCCUUCCUCAAGGAUUUGAUCAGUUUUUUGAGACUUUUAACACAGAGAAGCCCAACCCUGAGCUCUUCAAACAAAAGACAGAGUCCAGUCUCCCUGGAGAUGCCGCAUGUAAUAAACAGUCUUCUGAUACCUCUGAGCAACCGAAACGAGACCCAACUGAAAACACAGAGGAAGAAUCUUCGAUGUCAACUUGCGGAGAGGACAAGAACAACGGCUCAAGUGCAACAAAGUCCCGAAAAAAGAGGUGCCCAUAUUCUAAAUACCAGAUCCGAGAACUUGAACGAGAAUUCUUUUUCAACGUAUACAUAAACAAAGAGAAACGCCUACAGUUGUCAAGGAUGUUAAAUCUAACUGAUCGACAAGUGAAGAUUUGGUUCCAGAACCGAAGAAUGAAAGAGAAAAAGCUCAACCGCGAUCGGCUCCAGUAUUUCACUGGAAAUCCUUUAUUCUGA